GCGCGCGAUGCUGGCGACGCUGGCGAGGGUCGCGGCUCUGCGGAGAACCGGCCUUCUCUCCUGCCGGGGCGGCGGGCGGGGGCUGUGGAGCGGCCACCCGCAGUCAGAUGCUGACAAUAUGAAGCCGUUGGAGGGUGUAAAAAUUCUGGAUCUAACGAGAGUACUGGCGGGACCUUUUGCUACUAUGAAUUUAGGAGAUCUUGGAGCAGAAGUUAUAAAAGUGGAAAGACCAGGAGCUGGUGAUGAUACACGAACUUGGGGGCCACCUUUUGUGGGGACGGAAAGUAUUUAUUUUCUCAGUGUUAACCGAAAUAAAAAAAGUAUAGCUGUUAAUAUCAAGGAUCCAAAAGGUGUGAAAAUCAUCAAAGAGCUUGCAGCUGUUUGUGAUGUAUUUGUGGAAAACUAUGUCCCUGGCAAACUGUCUGCAGUGGGCCUGGGAUAUGAAGAUAUAGACAAGAUUGCUCCUCACAUCAUCUAUUGUUCCAUAACAGGGUAUGGUCAGACAGGUCCACUGUCUCGGCGAGCUGGUUAUGAUGCUGUUGCCUCUGCUGUUUCUGGUCUGAUGCAUAUCACAGGGCCUGAGGAUGGAGAUCCAGUUCGUCCAGGAGUGGCCAUGACUGAUCUUGCCACUGGCCUAUAUGCAUAUGGAGCCAUUAUGGCUGGAUUGAUACAAAGAUAUAAAACUGGAAAAGGACUCUUCAUUGAUUGUAACCUACUGUCAUCUCAGGUGGCAUGUUUGACCCAGGUAGCGGCUAAUUAUCUUAUUCACCAAAAGGAAGCAAAACGUUGGGGCACAGCUCAUGGCAGUAUUGUUCCUUACCAGGCUUUUAAAACCAAGGAUGGAUAUCUUGUAGUUGGAGCAGGAAAUAACCAACAGUUUGCUACUGUGUGCAAGAUCUUGAAUUUGCCUGAACUGAUUGAUGACUCCAAGUAUAAAACUAACCACCUUCGGGUACAGAAUAGAAAAGAGCUUAUUAAAAUACUAUCUGCACGGUUUGAAGAAGAAAUGACCAGUAAGUGGUUAUACCUCUUUGAAGGCAGUGGGGUCCCGUAUGGCCCAAUCAACAACAUGAAGAAUGUAUUUGCAGAACCCCAGGUGUUGCACAAUGGCCUCGUUAUGGAGAUGAAACAUCCAACCUUGGGGAAGAUAUCAGUACCAGGCCCAGCUGUGAGAUACAGUAAGUUCAAGAUGUCAGAGGCCAGGCCGCCUCCCCUGCUUGGGCAGCACACGACGCACAUCCUGAAGGAGGUCCUCAGAUACGAUGACAGGGCCAUCGGGGAGCUGCUUGGCACUGGAGUGGUGAUCCAACAUGAAGCCGAGUGACAAAGGAAAAAUGUUCUUUCUCAAAACCACAAUCUGAAUGCACUUUACUGGCAACAGCAAUUGUCUUUCUGGACCCUUCUUCCCAUUUCUGGUGCCUGCCUCAGAGAAGAAGAGUUAAAGUAAUUCCAGAUUUCCUGCCUGGCGCCUCCAGAAUGGCUCAGGUAUCAAUGAAUCUAGUGCCUUCUAAAUGUACCCCACCUUUUAUUCCUUACCAUUUUUUCCCCCAGAUAAUAGAUUAAUUGUGGAUUUGUAGGAUUUUUUCAUAAGGAUUUUUUUUUCUGGAAAAAAUACAUUCCUCAUUCUAAUUGCAUUAAUAGCCUAAACGUUUGCCCCUCCAGCCCACGCACGUCUGAAAAAGAGCAGAUCUCUUGACAUUCUCUACUUGCACAUAAAGUCCUCAUUUAAACUUUUGUUAGGAAGUCAAAGCAAUAAGCAGAAUGACAGUCUCAGUGAUUGAUUUUAAACAGAAUAACUUAAUUUUGAGCUCACGAACCCUUUGUUAACCUAUAAUUUAAACCAUGGACUGUGCUGAUGUCCAUUAUAAAACUGAGCUCCAUUCUCUCCCAUGGGGGUAAAUAUUUGCUUUAUGUUGUAUUUCUCUGAUUAUUUCAUGAUCUGUGGCAGAAAAUCAAUUUCUACCAAUACAUUUUGGGUUGUAGGUAUCUAUCAGCAUUUGAGGGCAAAGAAUGGUUCUUUAAUUGUUACCUUAUUUUGAGCCAAGUGCAAAUGCAACAGGUUCUUAAAUGAAUGUCAGAUGACUAACUAGGUAUUAAAUAAUGUAUAAAUAAUAACGAACAGAAGAAUGAAAGGAAAACAUUUCUUUGUAAUCUGAGUAUCCUCUAAAGAAGAAUAUAUCAUGCCGUAGUAUUAAGUAUUUACAUUUAAGUAUUUGUCAGUGAAGUAUAGAAAACAUCUUCUGUCCAGAAGGUAGUAACUGUUUUGUAUAUGUGUUCCAGAAUAAAUUGUCACUCAGAUUGUCAAUCACCCAAACCCCAGUACAGACCAAGGAAUCAGAUGACCCCACGAUCAAUAUCCUGAUAUGCUCUCAAUUCACGGUGGUUAGGCACGCAUAUUUUAAAGCCAUGUCAUUACAUACCAAGUGGUAAUUGGAAAUUAAAUUACAGAUGUUCAUCUUUCAAACUGUGAUUUGGAGCUAGUUUUCUUUUCGUGUUCUUUUUUAUUGGAAUGAGUUGAGCCAUUUAUUCAUGCUGUAAGCCCCAAUAUGUUUCUAGAAUCAAGGAUUCCAAAUAAAUAGGAAAUUUGUCUUCUCA